AACAACGUAUGCAAAACCGCCUUAUGCCUUUUCGAAUGGUUUUUGUGUGUCGGCCAUUGUAAAUGAGUUUUUCAUUCUAAAGUGACUGAAGUUAAAUUGCAAUCUGAGGUUAACCGGUUCAACCCUCAACCCUUUGUCGAAGAGAAAACGUACACAUUUCUGAGUAGUAUUUAAUAACUAAAUUGACAGCCAUGGCUAUGGUACGACGUAACCUGACCCAUGCUCAGCAGGAGCGACAGAUGAUAGAGAACAGGCGCAAAGAAGACCUCCGUGAAGAUCAUGUCAAACGACUACACAAGGAGAAACUCUUUGAGGCAAAUAUGGCCAGCGAAGAUCGAGUCGAAACAAAGAGAUACAUUCGUGAACAUCAGAAACAACAGAAAGAGAUGGAAAUGUUGCAUUUAACUACUAAGACCCAGGAGAUGAGAAUGCAGAAGGAGGCUCAGAUGGAACAAGAGGAGCGCCUAGCCAGGGCGAUGGAAUCAUUCAAACUGGAGGAGCAGCGAGAUCGCCAGAUGCGUCAACAGAUCAGAGAGAACUGCGUUGAGAUCCGAGAGCUUGAAGCCAAACUAAAGGCUGGGUACAUGAACCGUGAACGAGCUGCACAGAUCGCAGAGAAGGAGGCCGUCAAGUACGAGAAAACGGCAAGGGAUGCCGAGAUUUCACAGAUGAUGAAGCAGGAGUCCCAACGCGCUGAGGAGGAGGAACGCCGCAAGACGGAGGAGCAGUACCACGAGAAGGUCCGCUACCACCAAGAGCUGGAGAAGCAGCUUGAGGAGCAGGAGAAAAAGAGACAGGAGGACUACGAGGAGUUCCUCAAGGAGAAACUCAUGAUCGACGAGAUCGUCCGCAAGAUCCACGAGGAGGAUGAGAGAGAGCGUGAGAUCUACCUAAUGAAGCAGCACGCCACCAAGCGCUACAUCGACGAAUUCAAGCUGGCAAGAGAAGAUUGGAAGAAGAAGGAGAAGGACCGUCUUGAAGAGGAGAACAUGCAGAUCUUGAAGUUUGCAUCGAUGCAGCAAGUCAGAGAGGAAGAGAGGAUGGAGAAUAAGAGAGCGCAGGAAGAGGCAAUGGCCGCUGUCCAGAAGAAUUUGAGCGAAGACAUCGCUCACAAGCGUGCCCAGGAAGAGGAGAUGACCCGGGUAAGACAAGAGCUAUACCUGGAGGAGCAAGAGGAAGCAGAGAGACAGAAAGAACACGCCAAGAUGGAGAAGGAGCUGCGACAGCGUCUGGACCUUCAGCAGACGUACCGGGAGCAGCUGAUGCUGAAAGAGCUUAGGAGACAGGCAGAGGAACAAGAGGAAGAAGAGUUCAAGAAACAGAUGCUUGCAAAGUUUGCCGAGGAUGACCGCAUCGAGCAAAUGAACGCCCAGAAGCGCCGCAUGAAGCAGCUUGAACACAAGAGGGCGGUAGAGGCAUUGAUUGAUGACCGACGUGCCCAGUUCGCCGCCGACAAACAGCGCGACCUGGACAUACGCAAGGAGGAGGAGAUGAUGGAGAGAUUGAGACAGCAGAUCAUCGAAGAGGAGAGACAGAGACUACUCAAGGAGCAUGCCUCCAAGCUGCUCGGAUACCUCCCCAAGGGCGUCAUCAGGGAUGAAAAAGACUUGGAGCUAUUUGACGAUGAGUUCAAGAGAAAAUACACCGAGCGACAACGUGACUUCUUCUCAGACGAAGGAUGGGAAUAAAACCAAAAUAAUGGCUUUCAAAAAAAUAACUUACAAGAAUAUUUCACAAAAUUAUGUCAUGUUGGCAUUUAUAUUAUUAAUGGGGGAAGGUAAGCAAACAAUUAGGGUGAAAAGUGUUAAGGGCAAAUAGGGGUGAUACAUUAGGUAGGCAAAAACAAAUAUUGCAAUAGAUCCCAUGUAUUGGUCACCGCCGAUGAGGUCAAGCAGUGGAAAACAUGCGCGCAUGUAGGCACAGCGCACAACUCUCAGCCAUUGACAAAUUAACCCCAGUGGGGGCACUGUUUUGGGCUUGCGAGUUCAUAUGCAAGGGGUCUAUUGAGUGAACUGACCUUUUCUUCAAAAGUACAUGGUAUUAAAAUUGAACUAAACUAUAAAGAAUUCAAAUGUAUUUAAAUUUUGCUGUACUAUCUGACUAUGGGAAUAAAAGAGUCCCGCUGAAUGGUCUUAUACAGCCGAUGGCAGGGUCACGUUCCAUGAGAUAAAGAACUGAGCCAAUUUGCAUAACCAUGACCCUGUAAUGUUUUAAACUGUUUAAGACCGAGUCAGUUCUCUUUUCUUCCCAUUUAUAAAUUCUCCUUUAAGAGAGAAAUAAUGAUGUUCGAAAAUCUGUAAAACUUUUCUGUUGGAGGCCUAAGUUUUCAAUUCCUGUGAAAUUCUAGGGCUCCGUUUCAAGACAGGUCAGAUUGCAUUCGACUCUCAAUAAUUGUUUGUACAUGUACAUGUACUACCAGAUUUUACACACAUGUACACUGAGUAUUGUAUAUGGUAUGGAUUGCGUUACGUAGAAGUGCCUGUGUAAGCUAGUGAGCUUAUGGAAGUGCCUUUUGGGGGCCUUUGAAACAAUGGAACAAUGGAUUAUUUAGAAAAGGGAAUAACAGAACCACAACAGCAUGACCCCACAGAUAUGACAGACCGAAUCCAUAAGUUUGUGUGGGCCAACACAGGUAUAGCUAUGAGUGCACAUUCGUAGCUCCAGUUUUGUCUUUAUAAGCUAUUUCAAACCGUUCUUAAUGUUCACCUUUAUACCAAUAAUACUGAUAAUAAUAAUAAUAAUAUCGAGGUCUUAAACAGCACACAGUUCUACCAACAAGGUUCUGGCGUUUAGUACAUGUACAUGUGUAUUACAUGUACAUUUAUACAGAGAGAGAGGUUCUUGAAAGUUAUGAAUUGUGAGACCAAAUUACGGAGCACCUUCUAAUGGUUUACAAGGUACUACGGCGCAUUUUAGCAGCCACAGUCGGGAACACUGGGGCGAACCCCUUCUCUUUUUGAUAAGUGCACUGGGUUCUUUUCAAGUGUUAAACAAAACAUG